AAUGUGCCUCAUUCUCAUCUCCACGCUGUGACCAACUGCUGAGCCAUGAGAUGUAAUGCAAAACUUUGUAAGGCACUUGAAAGUUUACUUAUAAGGAAUAUUGUAGGCCCUUCAAUGAUCCUUCCUUCCUGCUGACUGGAAUACAGAGAUGACAGCUAGAGCUCAAGCAGCCAUCCUGGGCCACAAGGCAACAAAUGAAGACAGCAGGAGCUCUGGUUCCUCAACACUAUGGAACCCCGUCAGCUGCAGACCACCUACGUCAGAACUUUUCAGAAGCUGUCCACAUUCGAAAAGAAAACCGCUCUGGAGGACAACUGGUCUGGGGAGCCCUGUGGGUGCCGGGGCCAGCUGUGCCCACUGUGGUGACGGUGCCCACCUGCCGGGGAUGCCCACCACCCAGCCAGCGACGAGCAGCGGCGGCCCCAGCAGGCGUGGAGCCUCCAGCCCCUUGGACAAGACGCUCAGCGCGUCAGCGCCCACGCACCACCGCCCCCAUACAGGUUCAGAGCACAGCACUGCUGUCUGGGCUGAGAGCCCAGGGCCCGCCCCCGCCCCCGCCCUGCCCCCAAAGCCUACAAGAACGCCUCGCAGCGCUGGCGGUCCGCCCAGGAGAACACUUCCGCGGGACGAGGCUGGCCCUUGUGGGCACUGCACCCCACACGCGAGUGCGCUCGGGAACCCGGCCCUGAGUCCCAGGCGCGCUCAUCACCUCUUGUAGGCU